AUGAUUACGCUUAAUAGGAAAUUGAAAAAGGAUCACCCUGCAGUGGAACCUACGAAUGGGUUGACUACGAACGAAUCAGUGGUGAGAAGAAUAUCAGUGAGGGAUAAAUUGUUGAUAAAAGAAGUGCAGGAGAUGAAUGAGAACCUUCCCGCUACGUGUAGUGUAUAUUUCGAAGACCCUAACGUGUUGAGUGAGUUCAUAUUGACUGUAGAACCAGAUGAAGGGUACUGGUUGGGAGGCAAGUUCAAAUUUAGUGUUUUUGUCACAGAAGACUAUAAUAUGGCUCCUCCACGAGUGAAAUGCCUGACAAGGUUGUGGCACCCCAAUAUAAAUGUGGAUGGUGAUGUCUGUCUGUCACUGCUGAGACAAACUUCUAUUGAUGAGCAUGGCUGGGCGCCUACCAGGAGGUUGAAGGAUGUUGUGUGGGGACUAAACGCUUUAUUUACUGAUCUCUUAAAUUUCGAAGACCCAUUAAACAUAGAAGCAGCGGAAAUGUACAACAAGGACAAACUUGAAUUUCAAUUUAAAGUUCAGGAAUAUAUUACAAAGGGCAAAAGAUGA